UUGAUGGUCUUCAAGCUGAUUAACGUGCUAGAUCCCAAUGAGGUGUGCACCCACACUCUGGAGGCGCUGCAUUCGCGUUACAAGGCUGAGGAGUACCAUGUCAAGGGCAAUACAGCAGGCGCAAGCAAUACGCAAAUGACCAAUGUAACUGCCACCCAAAGCAAUGCUAUUGUUGCUGGAUUGGACAGCAAGCAGCUGGCCCUUUUCCAGGCCAUUAAGAGCAACUGCUCCGAGGUGGGCGUCCAUCGACGCGAACUGAAUGCCAAGUUCUCUUAAAUAAGCCAAUCCGAAAUGAACAAUCUGCACUUCAUGAUCUCUGAGGGCCACAUUAACUCCAGCAUCGAUGCAGAUCACUUUAUAUGCACCAUGUAG